AUGUCACAAGAAAAGAGCAUGGAUUCAAAGGUCCAGAACGGAGAGAAAGGAUUAGUAGAACUAAAGAAGGGGAAAAAGAGAAAGAGAGCUCAACCAGCCAAGGAUGGCUGGAGUGUUGCUACGGAAUUGCCAACUAGACAGCUUGAGAAGUCUUCCAAGCUGGACACAUCGACACAGCCACCAGAGCCCACACCUAAGCGUGAGCAACAUUCCAAGGCGAGGAACAAGCAACCACAGCGGUUGCGAAACUCUCAAAAAACUCAGGAUAUACCGCCUUAUCUUCUUCAAAAACGCGACGAGCUGCGAUCAGUCAGAAAAUCACUUCCUAUAUGGCCCCAGGCAGAUUCCAUCCGGGCAGCACUACAGAAGAACAAUAUACUUGUCCUGACGGGAGAAACGGGUUCCGGAAAAUCGACACAGUUACCACAGUUUUUGACCAACGAAUCAUGGUGUACGGGAUGCAUAGCAAUAACACAACCUCGAAGAGUGGCAGCGAUUUCUCUGGCCCGCCGUGUUGCAGAAGAAAUGGGCAGCUUACUUGGUGACAAGGGCCCAGCAGCCAAGGUCGGCUACAGUGUCCGUUUUGAUAACGCUGUUGGCAAGCAUACAAAAGUCAAGUUUCUGACUGAAGGUAUGCUGCUUCAGGAGAUGCUUAGGGAUCCCAACAUGUCGCAAUACAGUGCAAUCGUAGUGGAUGAGGUUCACGAGAGGAGCGUGAAUGUGGAUCUGAUUCUCGGAUUUUUGAGGAAUCUAGUUGCUGAUGAGGAAAAUAACAAGAAAAGGAAGCAUCCGCUAAAGGUAGUAGUAAUGAGUGCCACAGCGGAUGUGGAGAGUCUUGUGAAAUUCUUUGGGGGUGAUUCGCCGGCAGCAACAUCAGACAUGAAUGUCGAUAAAGCAAAGACAGCAAGCACUAGCAAAGUUUCGACGUGUUAUGUAGAAGGACGACAAUAUCCCGUCAAGACGAUAUAUCUACCACAGCCUACACAGGAUUGGAUCGAAUCUGCCCUGAAACUGGUAUUUCAGAUUCAUUAUAAGGAGCCACUGCCCGGCGACAUACUAGUUUUCCUAACGGGUCAGGACACUAUUGAGUCUCUCGAGAAGCUCAUCAACGACUACGCUGAAGGAAUGGAUGCCGAGGUUCCUAAGCUACUCGCUCUCCCGCUCUUUGCAGCCCUCCCCCAGCACGCUCAACAACGCAUCUUCCAACCAGCACCCUACCGUACACGCCGCGUCAUCCUCGCAACCAACAUUGCAGAAACCUCUGUCACUGUCCCCGGCAUCCGCUUCGUAAUCGACUGCGGCAAGUCAAAGAUCAAACAAUUCCGCAAUCGUCUAGGCCUCGAGUCUCUCCUCGUAAAACCAAUUUCCAAAUCCGCAGCCAUCCAACGCAAAGGUCGAGCCGGUCGUGAAGCACCCGGCCAAUGCUACCGCCUCUACACAGAAGACGCCUACAAAACCAUGGAGGACCGCACCAUCCCCGAAAUCCUCCGCUGCGACCUCAGCCAAGCCAUUCUCACUAUGAAAGCCCGCGGCGUCGCCGACGUCCUCAGCUUCCCCUUCCUCGACCGCCCCCCACGAGAAGCACUCGAAAAAGCCUUGCUCCAACUUCUCCACCUGCAAGCCCUCACCGAAACCGGGGACAUCAGCCCCAACGGUCUCGUAAUCGCUAAAUUCCCUCUAACACCCACACUGGGUCGCGUGCUAGUCGAAGCAGCGAAACCCGAGCGCGACUGCCUCACUGCAGCCAUCGACAUCAUCUCCGCGUUAAGCGUCGAAACCGUAUUCCUGAACCUCGUGACCGAAGAGCGCAAGGAAGAAGCGGAAGAAGUACGCCGGGAACUGUAUCGUCGCGAGGGCGACCACCUGACGCUUCUCGUAACCGUGCAGCGCUUCGCAGCGGAAGACAAAGCGCAGAGGAAAAGCUGGUGCGAGAGGCAUUUUGUGUCGUACCGCGCUAUGGAGAAUGUAAUGAAGAUUCGCACGCAGCUUAGGGAGCUGUGUAAGCAACUUAAGUUGCUGGCGAAUGAGGGUGUGGAAGUAGAUGAUGCGGCGCCGUCUGAGGCGAAGAGUCGGGCGAUACUCGAGUGUAUGUUGCGUGGGUUUAUUGCGAAUACGGCGCGCUUGAUGCCGGAUGGCAGUUAUAAGACGUUGCUGGGGAACCAGACUGUGGCUAUUCAUCCUAGCUCUGUUCUUUUUGGCAAGAAGGUCGAGGCGAUUGUGUUUAAUGAGUUUGUGUUUACGGGGAGGGCGUGGGCGAGGGGCGUGAGUGCUGUGCAGUUGGAUUGGGUGGCGGAGGUUAUUGAUGGGAUUAUGUAG